GGCUGUCAUCGGCCCAUGGAGAAAAAGUUCCCAAGACAGGAGUGCUGUUUCCAUAGGCACAGGAACUUGGUUUUCGUGAUUUUCAGACGAUGCUGGCUGGUUUUCAAGAAGGCUUCCAGCAAAGGACCCAGAAGGUUAGAAAAAUUUCCAGAUGAAAAGGCAGCUUAUUUCAGAAACUUUCAUAAGGUAACUGAACUACACAACAUCAAAAAUAUAACCAGGCUGCCUCGAGAGACAAAGAAGCAUGCAGUGGCCAUUAUCUUUCAUGACGAAACGUCAAAGACAUUUGCCUGUGAGUCAGAGCUGGAGGCCGAGGAGUGGUGCAAGCACCUGUGCAUGGAGUGCCUGGGGACCCGGCUCAACGACAUCAGCCUCGGGGAGCCAGACCUGCUGGCGGCGGGGGUGCAGCGCGAGCAGAACGAGCGAUUCAAUGUUUAUCUCAUGCCUACACCAAAUCUGGAUAUUUAUGGAGAAUGCACAAUGCAGAUCACCCAUGAGAAUAUCUAUCUCUGGGACAUCCACAACGCCAAGGUCAAACUGGUGAUGUGGCCUCUCAGCUCACUGAGGAGAUAUGGUCGGGACUCCACAUGGUUCACCUUUGAGUCAGGAAGAAUGUGUGACACAGGAGAAGGACUAUUCACUUUUCAAACAAGGGAAGGAGAAAUGAUCUAUCAGAAGGUCCAUUCUGCGACACUGGCCAUAGCUGAGCAACACGAAAGAUUAAUGCUAGAAAUGGAGCAGAAAGCCCGGCUUCAGACAAGCUUGACCGAGCCCAUGACGUUAUCCAAAUCCAUCUCUCUUCCUCGUAGCGCAUACUGGCAUCACAUCACGCGUCAGAACAGCGUUGGAGAAAUCUACAGUUUGCAAGGCAAGUAACUUUAAAAACAGCCGAGCAGCUCUGACUGCCAUCAGCUUCCCAGGUGGACCAGCCGUCUUGCAAAUUGCUCUGCAUUUGCAGGGCUCCUUUUCCUCCAUUUUCAUUUAUCGGCUGUCACUGGCCACAGUGGGAACUCCGAGAGACACAGUUGCCUUUUAAAAGCUGUAAUUUCAUACGCUUGUGGUAAAAAUUAUUCCAAAAAUUACUGUGAGAGCUAAGGAUCCAAUUUGGCACAAGACCUUGACAAAACACAUUAUCAGGAGCUAAAAGCUAAUGCUGAGAUCUGUUUCAUGCUGUGUUUUACAAAGGAAUUCUAUUUUAGCAUCUUUUUCCCUUAACAGGAUUAAGUACCAGCUCAGGACUGACUUCAGGCUCAGUAAUAACAGGCUGCAUAAACCUCCCCACAGAAGUUUUGAGGUUCAGAGAAAGCCUCAACCAGGAAACCCUUCAGGGAGGGUGUGGGGGAGGGGGGCCAAGUGUAUACACAGUGCUUCUCUAUUUCCCCUGAUGACUAAUUAACAAUAUGGGAAUGACUUGGGAGGUGUCAAGCUAAUAGACAACGGAUAUUUGAUCAAAAGCAGCAGAAACCUCUGCUCAGGAGUUGCUUCCUAUGCCUUCUCUUUGGUUUUAAAAAUGAAUAAUAUUUUCCUUCAAAUAAAAGGUUGCGCUACAAGCAGUUGACUAACAGCUGACCCACACUGAAAGAGGACUUUGCUUUCAGCCUAAAAAAAAAUAAGGCUGAAACGCACAUUUACUCAUCUAGCGAACAGUAACUGCACAUCAGAGGCUUCAACGUAACAGGCCAACACUUAAUACCUGGUGAAGCCAUGGCCAGUCAUGACCUUGAGCGUGGUUAGGCAUUCCAAGGGUUGGCUCCUGUCAGACAUUAGCUUUUGUCUGUAUGAACAACACUAAAGGUUUUGCAAAAAUGCUACGAUAAGUAAAUUAACAUAAUGUGAAUGUUUUGAGAGCAAUGUUCACUUUUCAAAAUUUGAAGCCUAGACCAACAGAAUUUGAUCCAUGAGAAUGUGUGGUUGAAGAACUAUUCCACAAGGAAAGGUAGUUGGAAUGAUUGUAGCCGCUUACUGAAGGCAAAUGCAUUUUAUAUUUUAAAUGGCCCUUUACAGUUGUAGUUUAAAUGGUCUUCUAUGGCCAAUUUGAUUACCUGUAUUGUCUGUAUUUCAGACACAGUUGUUGUUUUGUUGUAUUGUGUAGUUUUAUGAGAAAAAAAAAAUAAUAAAAUAAAAAUUAGAGGAUUGGGAAAAGCAAAGGGAACUGGUUUGGCAGUUUUAAGAAUGAGAAAAUGAAGAUAAGCUUCUCAGAUCUCUGCUUGCUUACAGCAGAAUCCCACAGAAAAACGCUGAGUUAUGAUCUUGUCUAAUUAAUUUUUCCCUUUCCUGUGAUUAGAAUGAGAAUAUUCACUUAAAGUAUAAAAUUUAGUCAUAAAUAGACAUAUGUAAAUAUUGAUAUUCACUCAAAGAAAACUAAAACUUUGGAAUAUUUGAAUGAGGAAAUUAAAAACAUCAGAGUUUCUAAGCAAACAAAAGUAUGAGGUGAAUAGAAAUAGGAAUAAAUUUUCAAUGAAAUAA